GUGGAGACGAGAGACUGUGUCCACCAUGGCCUGGACUCCUCUCCUCCUCAUGUUCCUCUCUCACUGCACAGGUUCCCUCUCCCAGCCUGUGCUGACUCAGCCGCCCUCCCUCUCUGCCUCUCCUGGAGCAUCUGUCAGACUCACCUGCGCCCUGAGCAGUGACAUCAGUGUUGAUGGCUACUGGAUAAACUGGUAUCAGAAGAAGGCAACCUCUCCCCGCUAUCUCCUGAGCUACUACUCAGACUCUGUUAAGCACCAGGGCACCGGGGUCCCCAGCCGCUUCUCUGGAUCCAAGGACACCUCGGCCAAUGCAGGAGUUCUGCACAUCUCGGGGCUGCAGCCUGAGGACGAGGCCGACUAUUACUGCAGUAUCGGGCACAGCGAUAAUUUCCACAGUGACACAGACAGAUGGGGAAGUGGGACUAAAAGACUGAGCAGUGGGCGGCUGCUCUUCAACGUGCUCACAGUGAUGGAGGAGCCUGAAGAGGCAGGGCGGGCCAAGCCCAGCUCAAGGUCUAGGAGUGACUCAGAGAUGCUUCAAGACUGA